GGUGGUGACACAGCCGGGUCUAAUGGAACUAGGGUAGCAGAGGAGGAAGCAGAGACUGGGGAUUUUCCAGUCUCUCUGCCUUAGGAAGAGGCCGGAAAAUGAGUAACUUUCCUAGCCCACUCCUCAUCCCUUCCUCCUACAGUAGGAGCAGCUCUAAAGUCCUCCCCAACCCCCGAAUUCUUCCUGGUGGUGACCUGCCUGCUCUCCGCAGCCGGGCCCCGCCCCACACGUGCUGGAGAGGGAGGAGGAAGGACCCAGCUUAAAUGUUGGGGGUGGAGGAGGAGGAAAACCAAGUCGGAGCCUCUAGGAGCCAAACUUCUCGGCAGCCCGGAGGGGCGGGGGCGGAAAGGGUGAAGAGAAAGCGCUGCAGCCGACAGCCCUGAUUCUCGGGAGCCUCCCACCCCGCCUCCCACGGCGAGGAGGGCGCGGAGACUCCGCUGGGGGCGGAGGACGAGACCGGGAGGCAGGGAGGGGGGAGGCAAACCCUGCCCACUCGGCUCGGAGCCCGGAGCGGCCGCGGAAGCCGGAGGCCGGCUAGCAGGGCGAGGGCACCGGGGGCGGGGGGCUCCGCUCCCCGUCUGACCCCUCUCGGCCCCGGCCAGUCAGCCAGUAAGUGCAGCUCCUCAGACUUUCGAGACAGCGAACGGACCGACCGGGACUGCCAACCGCUCCGGGUCAAGGACUCGCCCCACCCGUGCCCCCCACCAGGCGCUCCCAACUCACUGGUGAGCGCCGCGGCCCCGGCGCUGGAUGCGGGGGCGGCCGCGAUGGCCCCGCGAGCGGGACAGCUAGGGCUCCAGGGGCUGCUGCUCGUGGCGGCGGCGCUGAGCCAGCCCGCGGCACCCUGCCCCUUCCAGUGCUACUGCUUCGGCGGCCCCAAGCUGCUGCUGCGCUGCGCGUCGGGCGCCGAGCUCCGCCAGCCUCCGCGGGACGUUCCGCCCGACGCGCGCAACCUCACCAUCGUGGGCGCCAACCUGACGGUGCUGCGCGCGGCCGCCUUCGCCGGCGGGGACGGGGACGGCGACAAGGCGGCGGGCGUGCGCCUGCCGCUCCUGAGCGCGCUGCGCCUCACGCACAACCACAUCGAGGUGGUGGAAGACGGCGCCUUCGACGGGCUGCCCAGCCUGGCGGCGCUCGACCUCAGCCACAACCCGCUGCGCGCCCUGGGCGGCGGCGCCUUCCGCGGGCUGCCCGCGCUGCGCUCGCUGCAGCUCAACCACGCGCUGGUGCGGGGCGGCCCCGCGCUGCUGGUCGCGCUGGACACUGCGCUGGCCCCGCUGGCCGAGCUUCGCCUGCUGGGCCUGGCGGGCAACGCGCUGAGCCGUCUGCCGCCAGCUGCGCUGCGCCUGGCGCGCUUGGAGCAACUGGACGUGCGCCACAACGCGCUGGUCGGCCUGGGCCCCGACGAGCUGCGCGCGCUGGAGCGCGAUGGCGGCCUCCCCGGGCCGCGCCUGCUGCUCGCCGACAACCCCCUGCGCUGCGGCUGCGCCGCGCGCCCUCUGCUGGCCUGGCUGCGCAACGCCACGGAGCGCGUGCCCGACGCGCGGCGCCUGCGCUGCGCCGCCCCGCGGGCGCUGCUGGACCGGCCGCUGCUGGACCUGGACGGGGCGCGGCUUCGCUGCGCGGACAGCGGCGCCGACGCUCGCGGAGAGGAGGCGGAGGCCGCCGGCCCGGAGCUGGAAGCCUCCUACGUGUUCUUCGGGCUGGUGCUGGCGCUCAUCGGCCUCAUCUUCCUCAUGGUGCUCUACCUAAACCGCCGCGGCAUCCAGCGCUGGAUGCGCAACCUGCGCGAGGCGUGCCGGGACCAGAUGGAGGGCUACCACUACCGCUACGAGCAGGACGCCGACCCGCGCCGCGCGCCCGCGCCCGCAGCGCCCGCGGGCUCCCGCGCCACCUCCCCGGGCUCCGGGCUCUGAGCGGCGCCCUCGGGCUCGGGGCUGCCCUUGACUGGCCCGAAGCCGUGGAGAUGAGACGCCCGCGAGCCCCGAGCUCUGAGACCUUCCCCUGACUCGGAGGCUCUAAGCCGUACUCUCUCGUUCCCUCCUCCGAGAGCUCCCACCGUCAAAGACCCAGAGAUAGCGGGUCCGAAUCCAGAAACCCCGCCCUCCCACCCUAGUUUCCGAAACCGCCCUCCUGAACCACUGAAAGUCCGUUCCCCGUCUCGGGGCUCACACAGAGACUCUGUCCUUCAAGGCCAAAGCUCUGAGACUUGCCCCCAGCACCCUGUUCUUGGAGCUCCGACACCCGAGACUGCACUGACCUCCCUCGCCAGCUCGGAGCCCUCAGUCCCCACCGGGGCUCGUGGGCCCUCCCAUCCCAUUCUGGACUCGAAGCACAGCACCCCCAUCAGAAUGGUUUUGUGGAUUUUGAGCCCUUUGUCCCAUCCCAGUGCUCAGAGCCCUCCAUCCUGCAUGGAGGCCCAACCCUGGGGCUCUGAAGAUUGGGCACCCUCCCCUCAUCUGAGAAUAUAUUUCAUACCCCUGCCCCCCCUUCACCCACCCCCGCCUCUGGCCCAGGCCCUUCCCUUCCUCGGCUCAGGCUUGGGGCUCAGCUCCUAGUCUGUCCCACCCAUCCCAGGGACAAGCACACCCCAUCUAACCUUAGUGUGGAGCCGACUCUCAGCCUUUGCUACCAGGGCGCUGACCUCCCGAUACUCAGUGCUGGUCCCCAGUCUCAGACUCUCAGCUCUUCACCCCAUCUGACUUUCGUCCCCCUGCCCAAGCCUUAGGCUCUUGACCCCCCAUACCGAAUGCUGUCACUCAGCACCUACUCCUGCCAUUCACUAGUCAAGGUCCAGUGAGGAAUCCAUCCCUGGGAUGUCUUCAUCCCCUUUUCCUCCCAGGACGAGCUCUUCAGUCCUGCCAGAUAGGUGCAGGUGCCAUGCACCCCUAGUGCAUACUGGCAGAUCCUUGUGGGAAGGAAGAGAGUCUUGGGUGUGUGAAAGGGAUAGUGGGGCAUUGUGGCCGCAGAGAGGGGCAGGAAGUGGGGUCUGAAGGGCUGGAAGCUGCUGCCCUUCGAUUUCUCUAUGCUCUCUCCCACCCCUGGCUCUUCGCCCUUCUGGAUUCCUUGCCACCACUACCACCACCACCUCACCCUGUAUAUCUUCUGAAAGAGAAGUAGGUCUUGCCUCCUGCCUCAGGCACAAGCCCUCCUGGUUCAGGGUCAGAACCUCAGCACCUUGCCUUCUCCAUGAUCCCAAAGCACAAUUGGUGAGUGGGGGAGAGGACUCCCUCUCCCUGACUCCCCACCCUCUAGGUCAGGCAGAAUGGCUGGCCUGUGCUGCGUCUGCACGCAGGAAGUCACCUUCCUUUAAUAUAUUGGCUUGAGGCCUGCCUUCUCUCCCCAUACCCAGAAAAUCUGGAUCUCCCUUGAGCAGUUUUCUAUAAAGUCUGCAAUAAUCUCAGAUACUCUA